GGCGCUGAUGCAGACAGGGGCGUUCGCCGGAGCCACGCGUACGAAGAGAAGAGGAGACCCGCCAUGUCACGCUCCUACUCCCAGAACGACCGCCGGGCCACCAGCGACGACCGGCGUCCCCCCAGCGAUGACCGCCGGCCCUCUGUUGACCGCAGACUGGACCGGAGGCGGAGGAGCCGGAGUCGGAGUCGGAGCAGGAGCAGGAGCCGGAGCAGAACAAGGCCCCGGAACUCUUACAGUGGCAGCCGGAGGGAUUCAGACUGGCGACCACGCGGUGGUGAUUUCGAUCAGCCACGCAGUGGCGACCUAGAUCAGAGCAAGGUGCCAGCAGAGUCUAGAACUGCUGCUGGCCGUGACGGUGAUGUGGACCGCGAUGAUGUCAAUAAAUUGCCGAGGGAUCCGAAGCUUCUUCACUCCGAGGUGGUAAUGGUGGAGGACGGCGCCAGCCGUGAAGACGAAGAUGCGGUGGAACCGGAGCAUGAUGGUGCAAGGCCUGAAGAUGAAGAUGCAGAGUAUGAAUAUGAAGAGGUGGUGGAAUCAGAUGAUCAUGGCGAAGAUGAUGAUGGUGUCACCUAUGAAUAUGAAGAGAUGGAAACAGAGGACAAUGGUCAGGAUGAUGAAGCUGUUGCUGUUGCUGGCCUGAAUGAUGCAGAUGCUGUGGAAAUAAAUGCCAGCCACCAACUGCCCAUGGUGGAUGUUCAUCCAUCAGAGCCUGCUGAGGAACCGGCGCACACGCAGUCCCAGCUCAGCGACGUGGAGGAGGACACGGAGGCGGGCGUUGUGCGUGUGGAUGCAUGCCUGAUUGAACCAGUGGCUGAAAACAGUGAUUGUUCUGAAGUUAGAGGUGAAAAGGAGGCUCCGCAAAGUCAACCUGAAACUGAGCUUGAAGUUAGAGGUGAAAUGGACGCUCUCCAGAGUGAACUUGGAACUGAACUUCAAGUUAGAGCUGAAUUGGAGGCUCCGCAGAGUGAACUUGAAACCGAACUUCAAGUUGCAGGUGAAAUGGAGGCUCCGCAGAGUCAACCUGAAACUGAGCUUCAGGUUGCCGAUGAAAUGGAGGCUCCUCAAAGUAAAUCUGAAACUGAACUUCAAGUUGCCGAUGAAAUGGAGGCUCCGCAAAGUGAACUUGAAACUGAACUUCAAGUUGCAGGUGAAAUGGAGGCUCCGCAUAGUGAACUUGGAACUGAACUUGAUGUGGCAGGUGAAAUGGAGGCUCCGCAAAAUCAACUUGGAACUGAACUUCUGGCAGUUGAGAUGGAGGCUCUGCAUAGUGAACCUGGAACUGAACUUCAACUGGCUGGUGAAAUGGAGGCUCUGCAAAGUGAACCCGAAACUGAACUUGUCGAGGAAAUUCCACAAAUGGAAAUUGAGCUUGGAACUGAAGUUCAAGUGGCAGGUGAAAUGGAGGCUCCGCAAAGUGAACCUGAAACUGAACUUGUUGAGGAAAUUCCACAAAUGGAUAUUGAGCUUGGAACUGAACUUCAAGUAGCAGUUGAAAUGGAGGCUCUGCAAAGUGAACAUGAAUCUGAACUUGUCGAGGAAACUCCACAGAUGAAAAUUGAGAUUGGAACUGAACUUCAAGUGACAGGUGAAAUGGAGGCUCCGCAAAGUAAGUAUGAAUCUGAACUUGUCGAAGAAACUCCACAAAUGGAAAUUGAAGCUGCUACUGGUGAUCCUACCAGAGCUGAAGAAGAGCUUCCGGCUUGGUAUCAAAUUUUUGACCUGAAUGUCGGCGGAACUCGUGCGAGCUGUGAAGUGACUGAGAUUCCCGGUGAUCCUCCUGAAGAACAUGCUUGUGAUUCUCUGCCUGAUUUAGUUGGUCAGAUGAGCCAACAAGCAUAUUAUGAUCCUCCAGAUAACCAAGUUCAAGAUAAACAUGCAGAUGAAAACCAACAUUUGGAGGAUGAUCAGGUACUUCUAAAUCAGGGUAUUGGCAUGCAUGAUUUAGAUAAGAACUACCAGAACAGCGAGCAGAUGCUUGUAAAUCAGAGAGCCAAUGAGCAUGGACAUGGUGAUCAACAGCCUGAGAGCGAGCAAAUGCUUUUAAACAAUGAGGAAGCAAUGCUAAAGCAAGAUGCCGAGGAGCAGGUGGAGAAUGAGCAGUUGCUACCUCAUCCUGCUACAGACGUUAAUCACCGGAUUAAGGAGGAGCAAAUGCUUCUAGAUGAUGUUACAGUUGUGCAUGACUUGGAUCAUUGUGAUCUGAACGGUGAACAGAUGCUAGUAAAUGAUGAUUCAGUUAAUAAAUCUGCAGUUGAUGGAGCCCAGUUAAAGGAUGGGCAAAUGCUUGUGGAUCGGGCUGCAAAGAGACAAGCCACACUUCGCAGCCUGGGCAAUGGUCAAAUGAUGAUUCCUAUAAUUAAUUUGGAUGACGACGACGACGAUGAUGAUUAUGCAGAGCAGCCUGAUACCAGAGAGUUCUUAGAACCCAAAAGUGAUACCUUACACAUGGAUAAUUUUCUGCCAGAACGUAUGUGUUCUCAAGACGAGCAAGCCGCAAGCUUUCCUGACCAUCAGACUAACAUCCCAGCAUCUUCUUCAUCGGUUCCACCACAUUCCGGAAAUAGGUGGACUUGGAUGGGAGCUGUCAAUGCACAGGGAAUUCCCAGUGAUGAUGGCGUCCUAUAUGGUGCCUUUGACAAGAUACCAUUAGAAGUGAUCAAUGUGUGGGACCUGCCGUCGUCGGAGCUGGGGAGUUCCUGAUGAGCCAGGAGGCAGCCAUCCAUGCCUGUGUUGUACGUGCGUGUGUGCGCUGACUUACGCUCCAGCUUACUGUGUGUCUGUUGUUAGUUAUCCUUGACCGUUGAAGGCCGGGCGCUGGAGCCGGUCGACCGGUUGCUGUUGAUCUGUACCAUGUGGUCUUAUGCUAGGUAGUACUAGUUUAGUUGUCUGUCUUGUUGUUAGAUCCCUGGUAGUAGAGUUGAAAGAGGUCGCAUUUCCUUGCUGGUCCAGGAAGAAAGUGGCUGGUGCCUCCUAUGGUACAGGGUAUGCAAACACUCUGUAGCUUGUUGACAGGCAGCCGCUCCUCCUACAGUUUUGACUGCAAAAGGAUAGGGUACCAAGUGUUGUUGGUCUAACCGUUCCGUUCCGUUUUGACUCACCUUGUGCUCAAGUGAAUGUUUGCUGAAGACUCGAGUCUGAUGACCUCCUCUUUGAUUCAGUAAGCAGUGUGAAGUGCAUGAUGUUUACUGGAUACUUGGCUGUAAUUACGCUGAGAAAGAUGAGUGCAUGGAACAGAAGAAAGGUGGCAACUUGUUAGGCUGUAACAUAACAAGUUGGCAAGCACCACAUGGCCGGCCAAUCACCGUCGUCCUUGUCGCUCGGUCGUCUGUCUAUGAUGAGCGAGGAAGCUGGCAUGAUCGGGUCUGUCUGUCUAUGAUGAGCGAGGAAGCUGGCAUGAUCGGUUUGGUGCUGGGUCAGUGCUUCUAACUGGACUUGUUCUGUGUUGGAAGGGAACAGCAAUACUCUGCUGAUGCAAUGGCAUUGUGAUGGAAGAUGUUAUCUUUUCUUUCUUUCUGAACUGAUGUGAUGGAAGAUGUUGGUGGUAGGCAGGGUAAGGGUGAGAAGGUCUGCUGUAUAACAACUAACUGUCUGAAAUUGUUACUGAAUCGUACCCUCU